AUGUCCUGCGGCAAUCAAGGGACGACUGGUCAAGACAGACAGGCCUGUCCUCCUUUGGCUUACUCCCAUCAUCAGAUUGCUCAAAAUUAUCCAUUGAUCUUUCCGCUGGAGGACCUUGCAGGGACGCCGAAUCACGAUGCGCGUUCUGAUCACUCGGUCCUGGACGAGGGGCCGGGCGUGGAUGACCAGAUGCUCAAAGAUGGACAAACUCCUCCGGCUGCUACACGACCAUCGCAGAACCGCGCUGCUUUGGGGAAGUGGAAGUCAAAGACAAUAGCUGGGUUUCCUGCUGCGAAUGUGCCACUACCCCGGGGAAUCACAGCAAAAGAGAUUGCACAGUCGUACCCAAACCACGUUGAUGAUUAUUGCAUACUGGAACUGAUGCGUCAGGGUAAGGGAGCCAAGGCGAUAGAUGCUCUAAUUCCUGCACCACCAGGGAAGACGAAGGCUGGCCAGUCUCACAGCAAGAUUCAAUUGAGAAUCAGUACAAUCAGAGAAGCUUUCCCCAACGAGAACUUUCCUAUAACAUCGACGAAACGAGACAGAACCAGAAGUCGAAGUGAGAUACCGAAAGAUGAGACAAUAGACUCCAAUAACGAGCAUACAAUUUUUGUAACAGCUAAUCACAAGUCAAACUCGGACCACACGACAGCCGGAGCUUUGGCUUCGGUAAGCUUCCAUACAGCGGAGACACAGCACCAGAAUAGAGCGGCUGUGCAAAGGCAUGGUGGACACGGUAGUUCUACCCAGUCAGGAGCCUUCGGAAGUCUACAUCAGCAGGUAGAAUUACCACUGCUCUCUGAGUCGAACGAUCAUGCUGCUUCUUUCACACCAGAGCUUCUCGAUCCCGCUUUGAGGUUCCCGCGGACUCUGCCACUUGACUCUCAGGUCAAGGAGGAAUAUCAAAUUCAUCAACAGUUGGUCCACGACCAUUUCUAUUGCGAUCGGCCUCUUUCUCCACUCGAAGUGAGGCAGACCGUUCAAGCUCACUGCGCUUGGAUAUAUGACCGUAUCAGUUACAAUUUGCAGACAAAGUCGGGGCUCAAGAUGGAGAAAGUCAUAUUACGAAGCGGUUGGUCGGAGCAUUCCAUAUCAUACUUACAUCGCACUAUCACAGAGUGCUUUAGGGGGCAUCCAGUGUUUCGCGCACAUAUGGACCGCGAAUCCCUUCCAAACCAGGUCACAAAUCGCUUCGAAACGGCAGUUCUUCAAGACCUCCUAGGCCGCUUGCGAGAUUGGACAAGGUAUCUGAAAGCACAGAAAGAAACUAAGAGGCAGACAAGAGCGCAUCAGAAGCUGCAUUCUAAAGCAAGUACGAACAGAAACACUGCCCCAAACCAGAUGCGCUUGCAAUACAUGUCACCUCGAAUCUAUGCAUCCUCUGGCUUGAGGCCUGAUCAACUGAAAGCGUUUGGACCCGAGGACCAAAUGAUGACGGAUGCACCAAGAUUGAAUCCAGGAGCCGCCAGAAAGGAAUUCGAAGACUAUAUGGAAGACGCGGAGCGUUUUAUCAACCAUGAGGCUAGGGCAGCAGACCUUACCCCAGUAUCUGACAACCUGGACGAGGGAGCUGCAAUUGACAUAGCAAAGGAGGAGAUAGCUGCGAACAUCAUGGCCAAAAUGGACAAUGACGCUUUUAUACUUUUCGGCUGGCAACUCCUUACAAGCCAUAAAUUUGGGGCAGAAGCAGAAGCAAAGUUGGAGGAGCAGCGAGAUAGGCUAUAUGAAAUUGGCGAGGAUGAAGUGCAAAGAGCUAUGUCGAGAGGGUUGCAGGGGGAUGCCAACGAGGAUGUGUUGGAGCUGGGCGACUAUUGA